GCGACCUUCAGCGCUUGGUUUUUGGUAAUGAAGUGCCAAUAAUACUCACAAUGCCUGCAGAUUAUAACGGCUACUGGAAAAUGAUCUCCAAUGAGAACUUUGAAGAGUAUUUGAAAGCUCUUGAUGUCAACGUUGCUAUCAGGAAAAUUGCCAUCUUGUUAAAACCUGAUAAAGACGUCACUCAGAAUGACGAUUACUUUAAAAUCAAGACUAUCAGCAUCUUCAGAAACUAUGAUAUGGAAUUUGUGGUUGGUCAGGAGUUUGAAGAAGACCUGGGCCCAGUUGAUGGCAGGAAAUGUAUGACAACCAUCAGCUGGGAUGGAGAUAAGUUGGUGUGUGUACAGAAAGGAGAGGUUGAAGGCAGGGGCUGGACCCAUUGGAUUAAUGGAGAUGAACUUCACUUGGAGCUCAGAGCGGCUGGAGUUGUCGGCAAGCAGGUCUUCAAGAAGUCUUAAAGCUACUCUUUGUAGUAGUGCCUCCUGCUGGAGAAGACCGAAACAACCACCCUAUACAGAUCCGUCACCAUUGAUCCAUCCUCUUGUUCAUCAAAAAAUUCCAUAAAGGAUUUUACGUGUGCCUUUCUGGACAUCAUAAGUCGUGGUUUGCUUGAAGCAAUUAUUAUUACUGUUGUCAUGCAGGCCUGUAAAUGCAUAUGUGUGUGGGUUUGAUAUGUUGUAGUAGUGCUAUAGAUUUAGCUCCUAACUGUAAGCUUUACUGCACACUUAAAACAACCCAUGAGGAGAGAAGUCUGGUCUUGAUCCCACAAUAAAUCACAGUCUUUCUUCUACUAAAAAGCCUGAGGAUGAUGAAUGAGAGGAUAAUGUACAGUAAGAGUAAAGCUACUGCUGAAUCUCUUCUAGAGGAUUCUGACAGACUCGCACACAGACCAAACUCUAUGCAUGUGU